AUGGCCCUCGCGAGGAGCCUCUUUGGGAAAUGGUCGUCUGCUCAUCAGGUGGACGGGCUGAUUUCUAGAGGCUGGGUCAGUGUCCACGAUGUGUUCAACUGGCUCGGCCAACAGCUCCAUAGUGCUGCUGGCCUACUUCUGGAGGAGGUGGCGGCCGUGCUCGCACCUGUACUCAAUCCUCACGCCGAGCUUCGUCACAAUGGCUUCCUCCUCUUGGUACUGCCACGAGAUCCAGCGAACUCAUGGCUGAAGGAGGCCACUUUGCUGCGAGGCACCUGUCGCGGAGGUCAGUCGAAGCACAUCCCAAGCGAAGUCGCUUACAGGUUCUGCCGCCUGCUGGAAGGUGAGGGCGAUCUGAUGGCACGUCUCGGAAUUCAGAGGCGUCGCCUUGCAGACCUGCAGCCGCACCGGAGGUCUCUUGAGGCGUUAUUGACAGCUCCGGGUGGGCCUUGCCACUUGCUGGUGGAUCGCCUGAAGGUAUGCGACGAUGUACGCUGCGAAGCGCUGUUGCGUCGCGCGGGCUUAGAGAGCAAUUGGACGAGUGGCAGCCUCCCCGCAGCUUCUGCCGAGGAGCUUGUGGACUUCAUCCUGCAGCCUCAGCCAGGUUGGAUUCGCGGUGGUCCGGAGAUGAGAGCUUUUCAGGCAGCUUCGGCCCAACGAGGUGAGCUGCGCAGUGGCUCAGGAAGCGCCUCGUGGAGUCCCAGGCAAGGGUCUGCGAGCCCUGGCAGACAGGCUGCAUGUGCAGCAAGACAGGCUGCGGCGGAGGCUAGCAAUUGCAGAGGCUGGCUUGAACGACAGGAGCUGUCGCCUCGAAGAGGUCCAGGCCUUGCAGGAGGGCCUGGAGCUCCCAUCCAGGCUCCACUCUGGCAAUCGAGGGAAUGGCCCUUCAGGCAGGCAAACGGAGGCGAUCGCAGGGCCCUUCCAGAAGCUCGCAAGCCUAUGGUUGACGUGAUCAUCCCUGCCCAUCAGCUUUCGCCGCCACCGCCGCCAAUGCUGGAGCCAUCAAGACCCAUCGGCCUUUACCAACCAUCCAAGGCUGUGGCCUCUCCGAGAUCCGUGAACGCGCCAUCCUCGCCCCGUGCCCUUGCACGCGAUCCAGGUGCUCCUCCCGGACGCCUUGAGAAUCGAGGAUGGUCAUGGUGGGACGAGGAGGUGCCUGGGCGUCGCCUAUCACCUGCCAGAGGGACGGGGUCGCCCGAGCGGCAGCUUGCACCGCGGCUGCCCCUGCCACAGCGCUCCGCGCCGCCUCAUUCCCCUUCCCCGUCGCACCGGGCCUUCCUGCUGGAGGCACAGAGCUCAGCGACCGGUCGGCUCAGAGAGAGCCCUUUGGGGCGGAUGCCGCGCCCCGGGCCACCGGAUCUUCGGCUGAGUCCAUAUUCCGAGCGCAGCCCACGCUUGAUAGCGGACGGCUUUUACGAGGGCCCUUUGUGGGCGCCACAGCGCGGAGAUGCCUGGGAGCUGCGAAUGCUGCGAACAGCUCUUCAGGCCAUGGUCCGGCAAGCGGCCUGCGAUGCUGAGGCUGAGGAUCCCAAGGCAGGGUUCGGCGCAAUUUCGGAGCCAUGCCUCCCAGCCUUCUUCAAAUGCCUCGAUCCCCUGGAGAAGGGCCAUGUUCUGGACACCGACCUGUUGGAGUUGGUCAAGGAGCACGAGGCGCCCGUGUCCUAUGCGAGCCUGUGCUCUCUGGUCCACGAGGCAAACCUGCGACGCGGAGGGCGUCCGCUUGGCUAUCUCACAUUCCGGGACCUCGGGAAGCUGAUCUAUCCUUUGCAGUCCAAGGAACACAAGGCAAUGUGCGAUUCCGCCACAGACGACGAAGCCAAGUCGAUCCUGUACCUGCUGCAGUUUUCGGAGCCAUGCCCACGCUGUGGUUUCCGAAUUCAGAGAGACUCGGACUCUUCGGUGUGCCCGAACGUGGUUUGCAGCAACUGCGGAGACGCUUUCAGGUGCUUCGUCGUGGCAAGGCCCUUCCUUGAUGCGCCCAAAGCAACCGCUGCAGAUCGUUACACUCUCUGCAGACUCGUGGCGGCUGUGGCCCGCACGGCGGAGAACCUGGAGCUUGACCGGAAGAGAUUGGCUGCACAUGCAGGUUUCGAUGAAGCCUGCAUGAAGGAGGUCUUCUAUUACAUUUCUUCGGGACAGCCUACCUUCGACAUCGUGGGUCUGCGGCAGGCCUUCAGGGAUCAGCAGAUUCCCGUGGCUGAGAAGGAGUUAGAUCUUAUGUGGCAGCGCUAUGCCACAAGCUUUGGAUCGGGAGUGUCCCUGGAGCACUUUCAGCGUCAACUGAGAUACGACCCCAUGUGGACGCCGGAGAGCUGCACAGCAACGAGCAGGCCAACAUUGAUUGCAGUGCAGUGGAAUUCUACGUUCGGACGUCCUUCAGGCUAG